CAAUCCUUUUAGUCCCAGAAUUGCGGUGUUGCCUGUAUGGAGCCGCGGCAUUUGCUCUUCUCAACGAGCAAAGCUGCGCUGGCUGGUUUUGGGCGAAGCUUGGAAAGGAACGCAGAGAUGCUCUAUUAUUCGGAGCACGAACCCUUAGACAAGCAGAUGCUCACCCAACAGCUAGCAAAAGCCAAUGAUGACAAUGAGGUGUUGUUCUCGGUGCUGUUGCUGGCGACGGCGAACUCCAGCUAUUUGUGGUUCGAUGAGGAGCAUUGUCCCAACAAUGUGAAGCUGUGCCAGAUGUUGAGGGAGAAAGCAGGUCGCAGCAACAUGCGCUUUGUGAUUUGUCCCACAACAAAAGCAGCCCAAGAGGGCUGGAACCAUCACCCACCUGCCUUGCAAAGCGUUUUCGGUGAAUUUUUGUCAGAUUCAGCUGAGCUGCAUGUGUGGAACCAUUUCAACGCGGAUGAGGAACUUGACUCGGAAUGCUUUUGCAGCUUGAUUGCCAAAGAGGCGAUCCAACCCCAUGCGCUCACAGAGCAGCAGGCUGCUAGAAGCUGGUGGUGGCCAUCCAUUUUGCGUUUACCGGCUACAGUUGUAGUUAUAGCUGCGCUUACAGAAAUUCAGAGGCGCGGCCAGCAGAUUGAACACCUCCAGGCUGAGGCUGCUUCCCAGAAAAACGAGAGUGUGGCCGAAAUCCAGAAUCUUCAGCAGCAGCUGCGGGCUGAGAAAAACAAGAGUGAAGUGGAAAUCCUGAAGCUUGAGCAGCAGCUCCAGGCCAGGGAAAAGAAGAAUGAGGUGGAAAUCCAGAAGCUUAAGGCCGAGAAAGACAAGAGGGAUGUGGAGAUUCUGAAACUCAAUCUGGAGAUUCUGAAACUCAAUCAGCAUAAAGAGUUGCUGGCAGAGGCGGCUUCCCAAGAACAAGAUAGCGAUGCUCCAGUUCAUAAGCUUAACCAGCAACCGGCUGAUCAUGAGAAAGGUGAGGAGCAGAAUCGUGCAAGACUGUGAUAAGAUCAGGGGUGCUUCUUUACACAGCAAGAUUCCGUCUCACAGGAACUCAUGACUCAUUGCAUCAAGAUUGCUGCCUUGGAAUCAUUGAACCUUCUCAGGUCACCCCUGUUGAAACACA